AUGGUGGAAUCUUCAACUACACUAGUAAAUUCCUGGACUCAUAGGAUUGAAAGUGUGGGUGGAGUUGCAGACAUUGAAAUCUUCAAGGAUAUAAGAAAACUCUCUGGGGACAUUAUUUCCAAAGCUUGUUUUGGUAGCAAUUAUUUCAAAGGGGAAGAGAUAUUCUCAAAACGUAAUGAUCUUCAAGAACUUGUGUCUGACAAAAUCUUGCUCUCAGUCAUCCCUGGAAUGAGAUAUCUUCCAACUAAGCGUAACCGAAAAAUGAGGAGAUUGGGAAAAGAGAUUCGAGAAAUGAUUCUGAAGGUAGAAAACGAAAGAUUAAAGGAUCAUAGAACAGAGACCGACAUGUUACAAAUGGUACUUGAUGGAGCAAAAAGUAAUCAUAUUGAUCACGAAAAGAUUGACGAUUUCAUUGUUGACAACUGCAAAAACAUAUACUUGGCUGGGUAUGAGACUUCUGCUGCCUCUGCAGUGUGGACCCUGAUGUUAUUAGCUUUGUCCCCAGAAUGGCAGGCUCGUGUUCGUACUGAAAUAUCUGAAGUUUGUGGCAGGGAAUUGCCCGAUGCUAGUAUUCUUCCCAAGAUGAAACCGUUGACAAUGGUGAUUAAUGAGUCAACAAGACUACGCCCUCCAGCGACAAUUCUGGCAAGGGAGGCAUUGCAAGAAAUGAAAUUCGGUGGCCUAAUCAUUCCCAAAGGUGUUGGCAUAUGGACUUUUUUGCCAAUGUUGCAUCAAGACCCUGAAAUAUGGGGACCUGAUGCUGACAAGUUCAACCCUGGGAGGUUUGCCAAUGGAGUCACUGGUGCAUGCAAGCUUACACAUGUGUACAUGCCAUUUGGUGCUGGCCCUCGUGUGUGUUUGGGGAUGCCGUUUGCAUUAGCUGAACUCAAAAUUCUACUAACUCUUCUGAUAUCCAACUUCUCCUUCUCUGUCUCACCCAAAUACCAACACUCCCCAGUGUUCAGGCUAGUGUUAGAGCCUAAACAAGGAAUGAAUCUCCUCAUUAAGAGACUAUAA